UCUGAAUACCAUCCCUGACCCAUGAGCAGCAGCAUUGGCAUGGGAGAGGUUGGGGAAGGUGUCAAGAACAAGAGGUGGACCUAGAAAGGAGCAAGAGGCUGAGGGGCUGCGAGAGGAGGAAAGGGAGACAGGGUGAACCCUUGAGAGAAGAAAGAAGAAAACUAAGGCAAGGCAGAUUUCUUGGAGGGGGAGAUAAGGGGCUAUAGGCUGCCACCCGACUACUGCAUUCAUAUCAGAGAGCCACAGUCCUCACCCUAAUGCUCUCCUGGAGCUGUGGCUACUACAGAUAGGGUUCUGCAUCCCUUGCACACCAGAGUGCAGGGCAGAGCUCUCAGAUUUGCCAUGGUUUGACUUGGAGCCAGAGGUAGGAGGGCAACAGUCCCACAGCCCAGAGCUGUGUUGCACUUUGUGAUGCUUCAGCUCAGGUCAGUGUUAGUCUGAGCAUCUCUGAUGCACACCACUGCUCAGUGAAGACUGGUCCAAGGGCUGGGCACUAAUUUGGGCCAAAGUCUGCUCCUUAUAGGUAGGCAAAAAUCAUUUUUCAUCCUUUCCCUGUUCUUGGUCACUCUAGUGCUGGCCAGCUCCUGGUAUAAAUUCAAGGAGAUCUAGAGUUAUUUGAAUUUACACCCUGCAGCAGCUGGAUUGUGCCUGUGCUUAAAUUAGCUGGAGGUCAGCAAUCUUGAAAGCUUUAUCCAUGUUACCCUCUCUUCCCCUCCUCCCCUUUGCACUCCUCCAUGGAAGGAGCAAAGUACACACUUAUACUGUCUUUGUGAAGGAAAUCCUGGGUUAUUUGGGGGAAGGGUGACGCUGCCUUUACGUCCUGUAAUGAUAAAAGGAAGUAAGUUAUAAGUAAAAGAAGAGGGAAGGACGAGAAGAAAAGGAAGGAGCAAAACAUAACGUAUCUUUUUAUACACCUGCUUCCCCCAAUAAAACCCCACCUCAGAAGACACAAAGAUCCAGCUGCAAGAACAAUAAAGUGUCUGCAAGGCACCACGGUGUCUCUGCAGUGCUGCAUUGCCCUGGCAAGGAAGAGCCAGAAAGUUGCUUAGGUGAAAGAAGGCAUUGGGCCACAUUCAGGUGAAACAUCAGCCUUUCCUUUCCAUUCCUAAUAUGCUCGAGCUGCUGGCAAGCACGGCUGUGCUUAAGGGGGAGUGGGAAAAGCAGAGCCGCUGGAGAGAGAGCUCGUUCGGGUUGUGUCCGUGCCAAGGAGCGCGUUUGAACAGAGUCCCAUGGGGCAUGAGUUGCCGAGGUCCAAGCUGGGCCCGGCAGGAGCGAGUGGCAGAGGCAGGGCUAGAUUCGGUACGGCAGGAUUGGUACGUCGGCCUCGGCGCGUGAUAUGUGCCUGGGGCAGACGUAAAACUCCGCACAGAGCUAAGUUAAAAUCUGAGCGCUCCGUUGCCCAGACACAAACAGGGAUGGCGGGAGCACAAGGGAGGGAUGCAGGGGUUCUCUGUCUGGCAUGGUUUGUGCUGGCAGGGCAGCACAGGGCCGGGGGGGGGGGGGGGGGGGGGGGAGUUUGCUGAGUCAGCAACUCUGCCGAGCUGGAAGAAAAAUUAUUCCUGCCCCCUGCCAGCACUUCAUGCAAAUCUAGGAUACAGUUCCCAGAAGUGUCCCUACAUAUGUUAGCAAGAAGGCAACUGUCUGCACAUUUUGCGGUAAGAACAGUGUGGCAACUGAUGCAGCACUGAGCUGUGAGCCCGGGGUAAUGGAUCUCCUGAAGGGAAAGCUGUGCAGUACAGUGCUGACGGGCUUAAUCUGCUGACUGCCAGGGAGCAGGUUGUUCUUCCUGACUCCGAGGAAUCUUGCAGGCAAGACCCAGGACUGGAAGCAGGCAGACUACCAGCCGCAGGGCUGGGGUCAUGUAGUACAGUGCAGCCCCCUUCAUUACAGCAUCCUCCUUGCAGGGACAGCGGGCUGGGAAAACUACAGUUCCCAGCACCCUUUUGUACAUGUCCCUGCAAACUACAGUUCCCAGAACCUUUUAAUGAGCCAGAGAGGAUAUCUAUGGGAAUAAAUGCCAAGGAUUCUUGCAUAACACCCUUCACCUCCGAAAUGCUGGCCGGCCUUUGGUUAGUGAAAACGGGAACAGGGGAAAAGCCAGGGAGCGUGAGCGCUCUGGAGCUGUAGUUUUACCCCCCCCAACAGCCGCAGCAAUAUCCUCCAGCAUCCUUCCUCCCCUCAGGAUUCCCUUGGUGGUCACAGGGAGGACCCUGGCCCCCAGGAAACACGGCUGCUGCGGAGGGAGAGACAGAUAAACUACAGAUCCCGGCAUUCUCCGGCUGGCAGCACCUGCGGCAAUCCCUGCACGCUGGGAGGGGGGGGGUGAGGAUGAGGAUGGAGGGCAGGGAGGAGAUGCAGGGCGCCGUGGGGCUACGCUGCACCUGGGACAUCCCGUCACCCGCUGGCACCCAGGCCAAGUGGGUGAGGCUCAACGUGGGGGGCACAGUCUUCCUCACCACCAGGCAGACCCUGUGUCGGGAGCAGAAAUCUUUCCUGUGUCGCUUGUGCCAGGGCGAGGAGCUGCAGUCGGACCGGGAUGAGACUGGUGCAUACCUAAUAGACCGGGACCCCACUUACUUUGGACCCAUCCUGAAUUUCCUCCGUCAUGGGAAGCUGGUCCUGGAUAAAGAUAUGGCUGCAGAGGGGGUCCUAGAAGAAGCUGAGUUCUAUAACAUUGGUCCUUUAAUCCGAAUAAUCAAGGAUCGACUGGAGGAGAAGGACUACACAGUAACUCAGGUGCCUCCUAAGCACGUCUACCGCGUGCUACAGUGCCAGGAAGAGGAGCUCACUCAGAUGGUGUCCACUAUGUCGGAUGGAUGGCGCUUUGAGCAGCUUGUGAACAUUGGCUCAUCCUAUAACUACGGGAAUGAGGAUCAGACAGAGUUCCUGUGCGUGGUCUCCAAAGAGCUUUACAACUCCCCCAACGGCCUGAGCUCUGAGCCCAGCCACAAAGCCAAGAAAGAACUGCCGUGGCUCAUCUUGCAAGUAUCUCCACUGUUUCUUCCCUUUGUCCUGCAUGCUGGGCCACAGAGCACAGAGGAGGACCUGGAAGAGGAGGAGCAGGAGGUGGAGGAGGAGGCAGAGGCAGAAGCAGAAGCAGAGGAGAAAGCACUGUCACCUACCUCCCACUCUGCCCCACUCCCCAGCCUCCAGCAUCCUUCCCUCUGCUCUCUUUCAACCCCCAGGGCUCAGAGUGGUCCCUGCCGGGGCCCCUGUCUCUCUCUGCUCCUCACUUUUCCUCCUCUGCAGGUAUGUUACCUGUCCGCACUCUCAGCUCCCGCCAGCCUGAGCUCUGCAUGAGUGACUCACUUCCCUCUUGUGGCUGUUGCAAGCCAGAGGUCUGAGGAUGUGAUCCCGACACUCCGCUCCGGCCUUUUCAUUUCUUGUUUACAUCUUUAUUUUUGUACUGCAGUGUACGGCAGCCCUUUGCCUCACAGUGACACUUCACUCUUCACACGCAGCCAUUCUUUUUUACAAACUCACCUGGGAGGCCUGAACCUCCAGCCCUGGAGAAGGGUAAAUGAUCCAUGGAGCCCCUGGGCUGUUCUAGGGGCUGGAGCCCAUGGCCCCCUCCCACGCCUAGCAGCCUGGCUUUCCUUAAUGUCACAGUGGCCCCUGCUGGGGACAUCGGUGAUCAGCCACUGCAGCCUGCGGUCCCUUCCGAACACCCUGGAUGCGACCGGGGCCCCGAGGUGGUGGCAGCUGAGGAAGGACCAGUCCUUGCCCUUUGGCUGUUGCAGGCAGCUGGUCUGGGCUUGGGCUGGUGGCCAGAGGGCAAGUGCAGAGCCACAGCCCUUUUCUGGGCCACCUGCACUGCUCCUGGGGUGUCCCCGCGCUGGGUAUCACGCUCCUUGGUGCCUCCCUCCCUUGUCCCCCAAAGCAGCCCUGUGUCGGCAGGGUGAGGAGGAGACAGGCGUGCUGCCCGGGUACCGGGAACACGCUGGCACCCGAUGUCGUGACAGCUAGAACCAGGAGAUCCCGGUCUCGGGGAGCGGGGCGUUUGCUUCACUGCUAUGUCCGAGGACACCAGGUUGUAACUCCUGAAUAAAGUUCACAGUCUGCUCCUC